GUCAAAAAAUUCUCAACACACCAGCAGUGUGAGGAGACCUGAAAGUGGCACAUGGCAGAGUGUGGCGAUGGAGACAGCAGCAAUGGGAGGCCGUACAGGGACCCAUGAGAGACUCUGGACCUGGCAGCAGCAUGAGGAGGCGGUAUAUAGGGGCCCAUGGCAGAUUAGGGGCCUGGCAGCAGCUAUGGGAGGCCCGUAAUCUGCCAGCACCCUAUGUCAAAAAAUUCAACACACCAGCAGUGUGAGAGACCUGAAAGUGGCACAUGGCAGAGUGUGGCGAUGGAGACAGCAGCAAUGGGAGGCCGUACAGGGACCCAUGAGAGACUCUGGACCUGGCAGCAGCAUGA